GUCAUAUUCAGAAUUCGUGUAAUAUUAGGGAGGAUAAUCGUCUGCUGUGUGCCUAAAAAUUAUAGUUUAUUAAUGCUUUUAAAAUAAAAUCUUCACUAUCAACGUUUUUUUUACUGAAUUCCAAUAAAUUUUCCGUUAAUAAAUUGCAUCGUUUAUAUAUUAUCAUUCCGUUAAUAUAUUAUAAUAUAUCAGAUAUCGUUUAUUACUCUUCGAUUUUUUUAAAAGAAUUCAACAUGUGGAAAUUAUUAUUCCAUUUAAUUGGAGCUAUACAGUUUUCGUAUGGCUGCUAUUAUGACUUCAUGUAUGUGAGAAUACCAAGCACUUCUACCACUGUAACUCCCUAUGGUGGGAAGUUGAAAUAUUUAACUUAUUUAAACGCCAUGCUCCAAACAGCAUAUUUCACUGUGGCAUUAUUAAAUGAUAUAAUAGGGACAGAUGAACCUAUGCCGGCCAAUAAACCUUUUAUAAGGCGAAUGAAGGAUGCUAUUUUCAGUGCCUUAGCAUUUCCAUUAUCUAUGUUUGUAGGCAUUACCUUCUGGGGUAUUUAUGCUGUUGACAGAGAACUCAUUUUACCGAGAGCAAUUGAUGCUUAUUUCCCAAUGUGGUUGAACCAUGUUAUGCAUUCCAAUAUUGUUGUGUUUGUAUUAAUUGAACUUGUGUCUACAUUCAGAAUGUAUCCUAAACGGAAAGUAGGACUGUCCAUACUGUCACUAUUCAUGUUAGGAUAUGCUAUUUGGAUUCAUACUAUCUAUUUUAAGACUGGGAGCUGGGUCUACCCAGUGCUAUCUGUAAUUAGUUGGCCUGUUAGAGUAGUUUUCUACAUCUUCAGUCUUGGAUUUGCUUGGUCACUGUAUUCAGUUGGUGAAACCUUAAAUACGGCUGUUUGGUCAAAGGAAGUAGAAUCCACAGUUAGGUCUGGCAAGAAGAAGGCCAAAUAAAGUAGUACUCAUUGCAUUUUUAGCUUUUGCUUACUUAAAUUAGCUUUACAUUAUUGAAUUUUAUAGGGUUAUGGUGGGGUCUUGUAAAAUGUGCUGUGUUAAGAUAAUUAUUUAUUUCUGACAAGAUAGUAAAUUUAAAAAUGAUACUAGUGAUACAAACAAUUACACUUUGUAAUAAUAUUGUUACUAAGGUAUAUGUUUUUGUAGUAGUUUAAUUCCUUUGUAGUCAUCCAUAGUCACAAAAUAUUAAAAACAAAUUAUUUUUACUUUAGAAAAUUACAAGCACAAUUAUGCAUAAUGGCGUUUUUGAAGGAUAGGAGGAAUAUGUAGCGAAAGUGUAUGCACUGCAAACUAGUGUUCAAAUAUUGUGUAGUGUGGUGCCCAAUUCAAAAUGGGCAAAUACGUAAUUUUUAAAUAGUUAUGCUAGAACAUGUGCUAUCUAAAGCAAUAAAUUUUGAUACAAG